AAAAAGUGAAUAAAUUAUUAAUAAAAACUAAAAUAAAUAAAACAGAGUGGAAUGAUUACGAAGAAUUAGCCCUUCUUCUUCCUCUUGUUGAAUUCCACUUCUCUCAAAGCCAAAGCUCUGUUCUCUUUUUCUUUUGCAAAUGUGAAGCUUGUUUUUUUCUUUUGCAAUAAAGAAAAAGAAAAAUGGCCAAGUGUCACAGAAACGACAUCGGAUCCAUAGCCCUCGAUCGCCCUUCCACCGCCACCAGUAGUACCGGAAACAACUUCAGAUUAUGGACGGCCUUCACCGGCGCCGCAUUCCGAAGAAAAAUCUUCGACGCAGUAAGCUGUGGAGCAAGUUCCCGCCACCGCCACCAGCUCAUGCAAGAAAUGCUCAACGACACUGGCUCUCAGUCUCAACCUCCGCCACCCACCACCACAAUGAAGUCGGUGUUGAAAGAGUUCAAUGAUCCGAAAAAGGCGGACAAAGUAGUAAAGAAACCCAACAGCAAUGGCAAGUCGGAGAAGCUAGCCGAUCUCUUGAACUUGGUUGAAACUGAAACUGCUGCUGAGACUAAGAGGAAAGUGGAAGCUUUGGAGGAAUUGAAGCGCGUGGUUAAGGAGUUGCAAGUGGAAGACAAAGAGAGAAACGUACAAGCUGCGUGUAGAGUCAGGUCUCUUACUAAAGAAGACUCAGAAGCCAGAAUGACUUUGGCCAUGCUCGGAACCAUUCCGCCUUUGGUUGCAAUGCUUGAUUUUCAAGAUUCUGAUUCACAGAUCGCUGCUCUCUAUGCCUUGCUUAAUCUAGGAAUCGGAAAUGACGCGAACAAAGCAGCCAUUGUCAAAGCAGGGGCUGUGCAUAAGAUGCUAAAGCUACUUGAAUCCCCAAACGAGCCAAACCAAGCAGUUUCAGAUGCGGUAGUCGCAAAUUUCCUUGGCUUGAGCGCCUUGGAUUCAAAUAAGCCUAUCAUUGGCUCUUCAGGGGCUAUCCCUUUCCUGGUAAAAUCCCUCAAGAUUUUGGACACAAACAGCAGGUCUCAAGCCAGACAUGAUGCUCUUCGAGCUCUUUAUAAUCUAUCCAUCUCCCCAUCAAACAUAUCCUUCAUCUCGGAAGCUGAUUUGAUACCUUUUCUGCUGAAUGCCUUGGGGGACAUGGAAGUCAGUGAAAGGAUUCUUUCCAUUUUGAGCAAUGUAGUAUCCACUCCAGAAGGUAGAAAAGGCAUUAGUAUUGCACCAGAAGCAUUCCCGAUUUUGGUGGACGUGUUGAAUUGGACCGAUUCGCCAGGGUGUCAAGAGAAGGCAUCGUAUAUUCUUAUGGUAAUGGCACAUAAAGCAUAUGGAGAUAGACAGGCCAUGAUCGAAGCUGGCAUUGUUUCAUCAUUGCUUGAGCUAACACUUUUGGGUAGUACAUUGGCUCAGAAGAGAGCUUCUAGGAUCUUGGAGGUCCUGAGAGUUGACAAAGGGAAGCGAGUUUCAGAAAACUUCGGUGGGAACAUGAAUGCAGCUGUCUCGGCUCCAAUUUGCGGCUCUUCAUCAUCGUCUUCAACAAAUCUGAACGGAAAGGAGUGCUUGGUGGAAGAAGCAGGCAUGAUGAGCGAGGAGAAGAAAGCUGUUAAACAGUUGGUCCAACAGAGUUUGCAAAACAAUAUGAGGAGAAUUGUGAAUAGGGCCAAUUUGCCACAAGAUUUUGUUCCAUCAGAGCAUUUCAAGUCACUCACAGCAAGCACGACUUCAAAGAGCUUACCCUUUUGACCCCAAAAAAAUGAAUUACCUACCACCUUCAGCAAUUUGCAGUGAAUGGAGAGUGAAGAAUUAGAAGCCUGUAGCUUUAGUCUUGUUUCCACACACCCAUUGUUCCUUUUUUUCUUUUUUUUUUCCUUUUACUUUUAGUUUUUUUUGUAGCUUUUGUCAAUGUAUGAUAUCGCCGUUGUCAAUAUUCCAUCAUAACCUUUGUAGAAACCGUUUCUUUCUUUUGGGUUGAGUUUAAAAAAAUAACUCCCAAAUCCAUGGUGUGUGGGAAAUGUGAUCGAUCUGAUGUGAUGAGCUCUGCUAGCAUUAAAUUUAAUAAAAACACACCUUUGGGGAUC